AUGGGGCACGUUGAAGGCGACUAUCGUAUCGCGCGGGAGAAAGAUGAGACUAGCGAUGGUGACUAUACCGCGCGGGAGAAGCAUCUUGACGCGUACACAGCGGACGACGACGAGGCGACUGUGCGACGUCGCCUGGCGGCCGAGGGGAUGGAGAUGCGCGACCUGGUGCCACGUGGACGAAUGAGCGCGUGGCACGCGGCCAUCGUGUUCGUUUAUCACAUGCUGCCGUACACGCCCCUCCCCUGCACGCUCGCCACGCUGGCCUGCUUCUACGGGUACAGGGCGUACGGCUGGCAGGGCGCAGUGGCGGUGGUGCUGCUGCUGCUCUUCCUCCGCCUCAUUCCCCUCAAUUACAACUCCGCCUGGCGCAAGAAACUCACUUUCCUAUACGAGGCAAUGGCGCACUACAUGACACGCGUGCGUGUCAUCGUGCCAGCUCAGCAGGUGCCACGUGGCGGGUACCUGUUCACGGCGCACCCCCACGGGCGCAUGUUCUACAGCAGCAGCAUGCUCACGCAAACCGCCCACCUCUGGAAAGACACAUUCUGCCCGCACGGCGAGCUGUUCGGAGCAGCCAACAGCACCUUCUUUGAGGUGCCGGUGAUUCGCUCCAUGCUCUAUAUGGUUGGCGCCAUCCCUGCCAGCCGCGGCAGCAUCAUUGCCAAGCUCAGGCAUGGCGACCAUGUGGGCAUAGUGGUGGGCGGCAUCAGGGAGGUGUGUCUGGGCACCAACCCUCACACAGACGUGCUCUACCUCAUGCGGAGGCGUGGGUUUGCACGCAUAGCAGUGGAGGAGAAGGUGGGGGUGGUUCCAAUGUACUGCUUCAAUGAGACCCAGUUGUUCAAGCACGAUCCACUCUGGCUGCUCCAGUUCUGGGCUGUGGUGAAUCGCUAUUGGCGUAUCGGCGUCCCGUUUAUGAGGGGGUUUAAAGACGUCCCGUACGCGCCGUUCAAUAAGGGCGACCGCGUCGGCCGCGCAGCGGACUGGACCUCCCAAGGAUACCGUCGCUACGAUCGCGAUCGCCAGGGCGGGGCGGGCGGGGUGAAUGCCGCCUUCUCCUUCUUCCAGGACCAGGAUGAGGACUCGUUUCAACUGGUGGACACCAAGCCUGUGCAGAAGCCUCGUUACGGGCCCCGCCGCUUCUUCCAGAAUCGGUUCCAGAACCGGCGCGGGGAGGAGGGGAAGCGCGACGGGCGCGACAGCGGCGCGGGCGCGGACAGGGAGCGGCAGCGGCAGCAGCGCAUGCAGCAGCAGAAGCGCGGGCAGUGGAACCCGUACUACGACCGCAACGCGCAGCGCGCGACGUACAACAGCUCCGUCGACAUCCGGCCCGAGUGGGUGGUGCUCGAACAGAUCCCGCUCUCCGCUCUCUCCAAGCUCUCCUUCAACGCAGGGGAGCCCCAGGACGUUACGACGUGCGGCGCGCUCGAGUAUUACGACAAGACGUUUGACCGAGUCAACCCCAAGUCGGAGCGGCCGUUGGAGAGGUGUGAAACGCGCCAGUUCCACAAGGUGACGACGAGUGACGACCCCGUGGUGAAGCGGCUGGCGGCGGAGGGCGGAGACGCGCCCGCGGUCUUUGCCACGGACGCCAUCCUCUCCACGCUCAUGUGCGCGCCUCGCUCCGUGUACUCGUGGGACGUGGUCGUGCACAAGAGCGGGGGGAAGCUGUUCUUCGACCAGCGGGACUCCUCGUUUGAUCUGCUCACGGUGAACGAGACAGCAACGGGCAUAGAGCCGGCGGCAGAGGACAGCAUCAACGGCAUCGCGUCGCUGAGCCAGGAGGCGACGUUCAUCAACCAGAACUUCUCGCAGCAGAUCGUCAACAAGAAGGGAGCCAAGCGCCAGUUCGCGGAGGCGAAUCCGUUUGCAGCGGAGGGCGAGGAGGUGGCGUCCGUGGCGUACCGCUACCGCAAGUGGAUGCUGGACGGGGACAUGCCUCUGGUGGUGCGGUGCGAGUUAGACGCAGUGGUGGACAUGCGGGGGCAGGAGAUGCUGGCGACGGUGAAUGCGCUCAACGAGUUUGAUCCCAAGGUCACGGGCGUGGACUGGCGAGCCAAGAUCGACAACCAGCGCGGCGCGGUCCUGGCAACGGAGCUGAAGAACAACAGCAACAAGCUCGCCAAGUGGACGGUGCAAGCGCUGCUCGCAGGGGCCGAUCUGAUGAAGCUAGGGUACGUGUCGCGAGUGUUCCCCAAGAACAACCUCAAGCACACCAUCCUCGCAGUGCAGGCGUACAAGCCGCGUGAGCUGGCGAUGCAGAUCACGCUCUCGUCCACCAACAUGUGGGGCAUCGUCAAACACAUAGUGGACAUGUGUAUGAAGCUCGAGGACGGCAAAUACCUCAUCGUCAAGGACCCCAACAAGCCCUUCCUCAGGCUGUACGAGGUGCCAUCAGACGCGUUUGACAAUGACUAUGUGGAGGAGCCCCUUGCCGAGGAGGACCAGGCCCCACCGCCCGCAGAAGCGGCUGAUGGCGACGCAGAGGCAGCAGCAGCAACUGACUCCAAUGCUGCUGCGUGA